CUCGCCCUCCUCCCCUGCCCCGGAGAACGCGGGACCCGCCAUGGCGGCUCCGACUGGGCCUCUCACGCUACCAGCUGUGGUGGAGGAGCUGCUGAGCGAGAUGGCGGCGGCUGUGCGGGACGGCGCGCCGAUUCCUGAUGAGCAUCUGUUAUCGCUGAAAUUUGUCUUCGGCUCAUCAGCCGUCCAAGCCUUGGACCUAGUUGACCGCCAGUCUGUCACCUUAAUCUCCUCGCCCAGCGGGAGGCGUGUUUACCAGGUGCUUGGAAGCUCCGGGAGAACGUACACAUGUCUGGCUUCCUGCCACUACUGCUCGUGCCCGGCGUUCGCCUUCUCCGUGCUGAGGAAGGGGGACAGCCUCCUGUGCAAGCACCUCUUGGCAGUUUACCUGAGUCAGGUCACAAGGACCUGUCAGCAGCUGAGUGUCUCCGACAAGCAACUGACUGACAUACUGUCAGCAGAGAAGACACAGGAAGCAUAAAAGUGCAGACGGAGCAUCACUGACCAUCUUUCACAGUAGAAGUCCUGUCCAGAGACACAUGCGCCCUGUCACGCAUGGUUCACGUGGAGGAGACGUGGGCCAGACUUCACAUUAGUGUCCCCUUCCGCCCUGGACUCCAGAGCCAGGACAUGUAUACAGUAUGAAGCCCUCGCGAAAAAUCCAGCCUCCAAGCCCCAUGAGUAAAAAAUUUCCAAAUGUAAUCAAGCAUCUUAGACUCCAAAGCCUAACAUCAAGUCGCAUCCACAGUGAAGGAGAUUUUCAAACAAAGUCCAAGUCCUUAAGAGGCUAGAAUGGGAGAGGAGACAGUACGAUGGUUUAGAUGCGCAAGCGUUAGUUCUUUCUCUUGGGCCCAGAAAGUCUUUCUGCAGUAAAAGGUCAGAGCAGGGAUGUGGCUACAACAGCAGCAGAUAGAGACGUUGGGGUGCUGGUUUCAGCAGGCUCCAGACAUUUGCAGUGUUGAGGCCAAAACAGUUGCUUAAAUAGGCUGUGCUGUUGGAAAGGUAGCACCUAGAACAAGGAAGUGCAGGUCUGCUCAGAGCAUUUCUGAGCUUCGUAACAAGCGGGUGAGGGAGGCAGCCAGAGAGGCUGCCGGGUGUUCCAGGCUGAGUGAGAAAAGGCAGAUCUCCAGAGGCUGUGAGGCGGGAGAGGAAUGGGACUCUUUUGGACCCCAAGAGAGAGCAAAGGAGCUGUGAUGGAAGGAAAUGAACACAAGACGGAGCUGAGACAGGACAGGCACCUCCCCCAGCGACAACCAUCCACAGCUGAACAGGAUCCUAGGACAGGCUUUCCCCGUCUCUCUGGGGCUUCACGUCCUUGCAGGGUUACUGCAGGAGGAGCUGAGCCAGCCACCAGACAGGCGAAGUGGAUGGUCUUGCAGCCUAGGUACUCCCAACCCUGUACCCCGGAAACAGGAGGUGCUAAGGAAUGAAUGUGUGGAAGGUCACAACAGCGCAAGCUCCUGUGGUUGGCACAGCCAUCUCCUAGGCGGUGGUGCGGCAAACAAAACCUGUCAAGGCUCUACUCAGGAAA